AUGACAGCCCUCCAGUCCUUCCAUAAGGAUCGCGCUCUGGCUGAGUACUUCCCGGUUAAGACCCGCGUCUUGUCGCGCAACUUGGACGCCCACGGCCAUCGCGCUCAGGAGCGCCGCAUCACGUCCGGCCGUUGGUGCGCCCUUCACUUCGCUGUGUUCCGCUUUGCCGCUAACUCCUACGGCACCCUCAGCGUCGCGGUCCGUAACUUUGAGGAGCAUGCGGUCUUCAUUCAGAAAGGCUUCGAGGUGGUCGGCGGUCGCGUCACCGACAAGGAACUGGCGUUAGUCGUUUACUUUUGGACAGCGAAGCAGCUGCGCGAGCACCUGGCCGAUAACAAGGUCAUCAACGCCGACGACGUGGAGGCGCGACUUGAAGAUGUCGACGACAAGAAGACGUGGCUCGCGCCCGAUCACACCGAAUACGUCGGCACUAAGCUGGUUCAAGCCGCCUUGACCGAGGAGGAGUUCCAGGAGCGGAUGGAUCUUGACGAACGAGUCGUGCUGCACAUCGGGGAUGGUCCGAACCCCGAUCUCACGGACAAUCGGCGCCCACGCGUAUUUCUGUUUGUUGAUCGCCAGACCUGA